CCUAUGCAACUUUACCGAUAAGGCUACGGGAUCUCCCUGGUUUUGCUACAUGCCCAAAUCACCGAAACUUAAGUGCAGCGACUGGCGGGAACAUCGAUGUGACUCCAGCACGGCAGGCUGGUAUGAUGCGUCGCUUUUAUCAUCACAUGACAAGUUAACCUUGAUUCCAAAAAGUGAUCUUCCUACGAAAAUUCAGGUCGAAGUCCGAGGAACGAUAAGAAAUUCAUCUGAACCAAAAUCGGCAUCAGAGAAUGCGACCGAAAAAGUUAUAAAUCUUCCCAUCUGUACAAAUGAGUGCAAUAUUGGAAACCUCCUCACCUCUGGCUACUAUUUCAACGACAUUUGGUACAAUCCAUCCUGCAGAAUUCUCAAUUUCCCGCUCGACGAAAUGCGAAAUUGUGUCUCGGGGAAGAAGCUGUAUUUCUUGGGAGAUUCGACGAUCCGCCAGCUCUUCGAGUUCUACGUGGAGCGACUUGGACCAGGAUUAAAGAAGACGCCACCUGGUCCAGAACCACAAUGGCACGUCGGUCCAACGCGGGUGUUAGACCAGGUCUUCAACAUCAGUAUGAUGUUUCGUUUCCAUGCGUACCCGAUAGGGAGGAACGAAUGGGCCACAGUGAAGGACAUCCAUUACAUAGCGAACGAAGUUGACAACAUUGCUGGUGAUGAAAAUUCGGUGGUUGUAAUCUCACUUUGGUCCCAUUUCACCCACCAACCGGAGUGGUUUUUCGCGCAACGAAUGCGAACAAUCAUGGCGGCCGUUGCGCGUCUGCGGGAGCGCAGCCCGUCCACGCUCGUGGUCUUCAAGGGUGCGAACACGCGCGAACAUAUUAGCGAAAAGCAACGUCUGUAUCACUCUGAUUGGCUGGCCAGACGUAUGGAAUACAUUAUACGACGAGAUAUUGCCGAAAACAUAGCUUUCAUGGACUCUUGGAGCAUGUCAAGUGCGCAAUUAAUCGCGGACGAUGUACAUCCAGGAGGUUCACAUGUUAACAACCUAAGUAAUCAGUUAUUAACAUUCAUGUGUGGUACAUAGGAAUUCAUAUUCGAACUCACUAUGCAAGUGUUAUCUCGCAAUUUUCAUAAUUUAUUGUCCGUAGAGACGGGUAGCCCGAGGGUCUCAGGCAAUACUUUAAGCAUGCGUGGCCAAGAAAACGCGUACAAAGAAGGUGUUUUUUUAUUUUUAUAGAUUGGACGCGGUCCGCGUGGUGCCGCAAUAAGGGGUUAGAAACUGUCAAUUUUGGGUCAUUUUAAAGAAAACUGGUACUUUUUCAAAAUGGUUUAAAAUCCUGCUGUACACGCCGGUAUACGCAUUAACGGGUAUAUUUCUAGCCCUUAGGGCCGGACUGGGGAAGAAGAAGUAGGCCUAAUAACUGCCUAUUGGCCUACAGCUGGUCCCUUAUAUUUUGUUUUACAUAUAUAAACUCAUUUGGAAGUGUACAGGUUGAUGUUAUUGCUUCUAUGUUGAACAAAACCUGUUACAUUGUGAGAUUAUGUAGGCAUGCAGAUGAUACCACUUUAACUCUAAGUGGAAGUAUUGUAGCUGAGGUUAAACAAAAACUUUAUUUCGCAUUACAAGGAUUAAUGUAUGGAUUAAUAAUAAAUAAUAAUAAUUAACCGUUCUUGUAUAACGCAUAACACAUAGUAAUAAAACAUGUCCCUGAGCACUCUAAAGAAAAACACAACAGAAUACAAAGACAAGAUGUACUGGGUAACAGACAAAAACCGCCUUGUAAUAAA